AUGUGCACUGAGUUUCAAUUAGAAUGCGCUGCUCGUCUACUGCGUCUGGGUAAAAAACGUCGUGCCAACAAUAACCUACGCUUCAAUUCUAAAUUCAUGGUUAUCUUCGCCCUCACCAUCGCCGCUACAAAUGCUGGAGUUCUGCCUUUAGCUGCUGCACCGGCAGCUCUGGUAGCUCCAGCUGUAGCACCUGUUGCUUCUGCUGCAUAUGCCGUUGCUCCUUACGCUAGUUCUUACUCCGCUCACUCAAUAAACCACGCUGUUGCCGCUCCUGUGGUAGCCUCCGCUCCUGUGGUCGCCCCCGCACCACUUGUUGCCCCAGCCCCAGUUGUUCCAGCAGCUCAAUACGUCGCUGCACCAUCACCUUACUUCUCCAGAUACGUGUCUUCUUACCCCUACUACUUGUAA